AUUUGGUCCUCUUAAUGUAGGGAAUCUCAGACACGCACAUCUUUCUUAACUAAUGUACCACGUAGGUGAAAGUACAAAAACAAUCAACUAAACAAUUUUUUAGCGAUAAAGCAAGGUAAGCUAAAUAAUGCUUAUUUUAUGUACAAAAAAACGCAAGCAUGUAUCACAAUGUAAAAUAGCACGUUUCACUCGCCAUAUUGUAUAUAUUCAAACGAUGUGGCGGAAUGCUUGACAUGCGCCCGUCACCAGCCUCAUUAUGACCCCAUACACGUUACGUUCUUCUUGUUCUUUUUACUUUAUAAAUGCCCUGUUUGCUUCGAGAAGACGGAUUCAGAAGUUUCAAGCCAUUUUAACCGCACAUUUUUUGCUGUUUACAAUAAGCUACGAAGAUGCUUCGCUCCAGAAUCUCAAAUUUACCUUUUUUGGAUGGAGUGGACGACAUGUACACGACCACUAACAAGAGGCACUUUAAAUUAGCAGACACCACCGUCGUGCCGAAACAAGACAUUAUCCUUCAGCCUGUCUCACCAGACUUCCAGCACAGAGACCAGAAUUACCUGGGGAAGAAGCACCAGACAGAGACAGCGCUGUCCUUCCCGCCGCGUCCACCAGCUGCUGUCACGCAGCCAAAACUAACCCACCUCACGAUGCAGAGAACCAACUUUAAACUGCAUUCAGAAGACAGCUGUGGAGACUUUGAGGCCACUCAGUCUGAGCUAAAGCCCCUGCCGAUGUGUGCAGCCAAAAUCAUUCGUCCCAUCACUGCAGUCAUGACAAGCCUGCCGGAGGGCAAAUAUCCUGAGCCCACUUAUAGGGCUUCCUACAUUAAACAUAAAGUGUCCCGGACCCUCAGAGCAAAGCAGGCGGCAAAAACAGGUGUCGGAUCAAGUCUAAUCAUGGACAGAAGGGACAGAUACCGUUCCAGUUAUCAUGAGCAGUUCCAGUACAGAUGGUCUCCUCGUCCUUCUCUGUCCGCAGAGAAGCAACAAAUUCAGUGUUCAUCUGUAGCGAUGGGAGAUCAUGAAAAGACAAUGGACAAACAAACAAUGUAUUCUUCCUCAUUCAGACAAUCGGCUGGCCACAGUUAG